AUAAUAAUAAUAAUAAUAAUUGUGGACACUCUUGCUAUACAUAAUACAUCAUCAGUUCAGAUUAGUAGAUGCGUAAUAACACACCGAAUAAAUAAACAUUAUUCCAGCUUAUAAACUCAUAUAUUAAAUCAAUAUUUAUCUAACUUAUAAACUCAUAUAUUAAAUCAAUAUUUAUCUAAUUUAUAAACUCAGAACAUACCCAGCUAAUGUUUAUACUCUUAUAACUAACUAGGCUGUUGCAUUAAAAUGUUCAUUUUAAAACAUCUCAUUUAAAUAAUAUAUCAUUUUAAAAAGCAUAUGUGUCUAAACUCCGCUAUAAUCUUCUUUACUCACUUGAAGAAACCAAACCCUAUUUCAUUAUUUCUGCACGCAGCCCACUGAUGAUUCAGAUUCAGGCCGCAUCCCAAUCCGUGUUCACCGUCACUAAACAGUCCUCCACCUGUAGCGCCAUGGCAACCACAGUACCGUUAGCUCUGGCGUACUACUUUUCUGUACUAUGUCAUGGUCUAGCGCGCGGUUUGGGACGCAGCCCUUGCGAGAGGCGGUGAGAAGCGGUACUUCCGGUCUGGCGAUGACGGAGGGGGCGAUGUUAAUUACAUAAGCAAAACGUAAACGAUUCGCGGGAAAAGGUGAAAAAAUGGCGACUCGCACAGAGUCUGUUUGCGCGUUCAGCUGAAGCUGGAGAAACUUUUGCGUUAGCGAAUGGAAAUAUCGCACCGCGAGUGGAGCGCAGACGUUUUUUUGCGAGGGAACAUUUUAUCCCCCCGGGGCGAGGAGAGCAAUCAAGACGGAAAUCUAGGUGCGUGUGUUAAGGAUGUUGGAGGGAGCGUGCCGGGAUGGCUACCUGGCUGUAGGUGAGGAGGAGCUGGAGGCCAAGCGGCUGCUGCCCAAGCACGACAAAAACUGCAGCGACCUGGAGAGCAAGCUGACCGUGGGCCAGUACGUACUCUGCCGCUGGUCUGAUGGCCUGUAUUACUUGGGCAAGAUCCAAAGGGUUAGCGCUUCAAAGCAGAGCUGCUUCGUGACGUUUGAAGACAACUCCAAGUUCUGGGUGCUUUGGAAAGACAUACAACACGCUGGCGUUCCGGGAGAAGAGCCCAAAUGCUCCGUGUGCUCCGAGAUGACUGUGGUGUCUGAGAAUAAAAUCCUUAUCUGUGGAAAAUGUGGAAUCGGCUACCACCAGCUGUGCCACAUGCCGCAAGUGGAGAGCUCAGCUGACCUCUCGCCUUGGUUCUGCAGGAAGUGCAUUUUUGCCUUAGCAGUGAGAAAAGGGGGCGCACUAAAGAAGGGCCCCAUAGCUAAAGCACUGCAGGCCAUGAAACAGGUGCUCACCUACAACGCUGAGGAACUGGAGUGGGACUCUCUGCACCGCACCAACCACCAGCAGUGCUACUGCUACUGCGGGGGACCUGGAGAAUGGUACCUGAAAAUGCUGCAGUGUUUCCGCUGCGAGCAGUGGUUUCACGAAGCGUGCACGCAGUGCCUGCAGGAGUCCAUGAUGUUCGGAGAUAGGUUUUACUUGUUCAUUUGUGCCGUGUGCAAUAAGGGAGUGGAGUACAUCAAACGCCUGGCGCUGCGCUGGGUGGACGUGGUCCAUUUGGCCCUGUACAACCUGGGAGUACAGAGUAAGAAAAAGUACUUUGAACUGGAGGAGAUCCUCAGCUUCAUCAGCAACAACUGGGAUCAUUUCCAGCUGGGCAAGCUUGCAAACACUCCUCCCUCAGAGAGAGGCCAGCUCAUCCUUGAUGCUCUUAACAACUACAAAAGCAAGUUUCUCUGCGGAAAGGAGAUCAAGAAGAGGAAAUGUAUCUUUCGGCUGAGGACGAGAGUUCCCCCCAACCCCCCCUCCAAGCUCUUUCCAGAGAAGACGCCAAAAAGUGAAGGACGCAGAGGCUGCAAGAAAGGAGCAACACGCAACGGUUUUGGUCCUGCGGAGAAGCGGAGGAAGAAGAGAUCUAAAUGGCUGCUGGAGGAUGCUAUUCCCAACAAUGAGAUGAUGUCCACCUGGAGCUCCAAUCACCACAUGGCUAACAUCUUCGACUUUACGCUCGACGAGUUGCAGAGUUUGAAAAGUACUAGUUCAGGACGGACAUUCAGUCUGGAUCAGGACUCAACAGAUGCAGCGAGCACUUCAGGCUCUGCCACUACCAGUGUGUCCUACGACUUCAGGAAGAACGUGGGCAGCAGGAAGAGGAAGCUUCCUUCAUCCAACUACAGUGCUCUGGCCAGUAAGCGGGAGGCGAUGGAGAGCGAGCUGAGUCCAGUGGGUACGCCAGUGGUCGAGUCCGGGGACGUAAUGGGCGGUGCCAUCGACAGCCACACCUUUGAAAGCCUGAGCGAAGAUGACACGUCCCUCUCACACCUCAAGUCUUCUAUUACCAGCUACUUCGGCGCAGCAGGGCGCCUCACGUGCGGCGAAAAGUACCAGGUUCUGGCACGCAGGGUCACGCCAGAGGGCAAGGUGCAGUACCUGGUGGAAUGGGAAGGCACCACGCCUUACUGAGUCACUUAUCUGAGGGCAUGCGAAUGGAGAUGAGGUUCAAGAUGGGGGUUCUUCACUUCCAGGCCUGGGGAGUCACAGUGGGGCAGAGUUCAAGAUUCCAAAAAAUGAACAGAUGAAAUGGGCACAGAUGCCCAAGUGGUCAGUCAGAUUGUCCAACAUCAUCCUGUCAUUAAGAUCAUAGUUAAAGUGAUGUCAUGGAUGACUCUUGGAGUACUGUGACCUUCCAGGGUUGGGAUUGAAGAACACUUGAGCAAACCGUUAUAGAAUGUCACCUUGCUUACAGUAGUUUAUCCUUUUUUAUUUUUUUUUCCUCCUUCUUUCUUCUUUUUACGUUACACAAACAGGUAAACGAUUGAGUUCCAGAAUUCUAGUUUUCUAGUGCAAUUGUAGUUUUCUAAAGGAUCUUAGAAAUAUAUAUGGGUACACAUAGGUUGUGCACUUACCCCAUGUUGGGUAAUGAAGUGUGUUUUCAUUGUUGUUGUUGGUUUUUGUCCCAGUGUCCUGUUGACAGGGCACUAUAAACAGCACAAAACUCACUUGUCUCACUCGAUUCAGCCCGUUAACAUCCUAGUACUUAAAACUUGUGUUUUUUUUUUUUGUUUGUUUUUGUUGUCGUUUUUUCUAGUUUCAGUUGUCGCACUUGCAGACUGGUUUAAUUUUAAAGUCUGUGUGAGAUAAUGUUUUAAAAUUAUAUAGCCAUGACACAAAACAUUUAUUAAAUGUUGACCCUCAAGGGUGUUAAACCAUCGCCAGUACGAAUAGUGGACAACAUGAUGGCAGUUUGCCUUCACGUGCCGCGGUAUUACAUUUUUUAACCACGCCCACAUCAACUCAGUUAAUGCAUGAUGAAUUUUUAUGUUUGUUUGUUUACAGAAGGAGGCAUGGUGCAUACUCCUUCUGUAAAUGAAACUAUCUUAAGGAUGUGGUCUUUUCUGAACACAACUAUCCCCCCUACUCCCUCUGACGGCUACACGCUUCACAGUGAAAAUUCUGAAGGAUCCCUGUCUAGGGGUCAAAAUUGCCAUUUGGUCGUUCCUUUCAAGGACGAUCAUUUUGAAGAACGCUUUGCCACGUCAUCACUUCACUUUGGCACGAGUAGACAAACGUGAACGGACGUGCCAUGCAUAGGGCUCAUCUCUUCAGAGCGGAACACGGCCUCGGUUCCCUACAUGGAAACAGGGCGUGUUUACAAGACGUGUAAGACACACGCUCUUCCAGCAUCUGUCAAUAAAUUUUCAUCUGCUGUGCGAACGUGAGUCAUUUAGAAUUACUCAGCCAUGUUGUCCACU